GAGGGAGAGGCUGAACGAGCGGGGAGAGCGAGGGACUUUCCCUAGACGGCGCUGACAUGGAGCACGCAGUCUGUUGCUGAGGGUCCCUACAGAACCACUGAGCUCGGCAACACAACAACACCCAGCCUGUCACCCACACCGGGACGGAAACCAGCACCUGGGCCCGAGACUCCAGAACCCUGGGCCAGAGACUCCAGAACCCUGGGCCAGAGACCUCGGUAUCCAGACCCGCUCGGGACCCAAAGGUUCUGUUCGAAAGGACCAUAACAAUCAUGCCAGCCUCGGGAGGAACGGAUCCCAAGGGGGAGGACUUCUCCACUGCUAUCCUGAAGCAGAAGCACCGACCCAACAGGCUGGUGGUGGAUGAGGCCCAUAAUGAAGACAACAGCAUAGUCAGCCUCUCACAGGCGAAGACGGAGGAGCUGCAGUUGUUCCGCGGGGACACUGUGGUGCUGCGGGGGAAGAAGCGCCGCGAGACGGUGUGCAUCGUGCUGACGGACGACACCUGUCCGGACGAACGCGUCCGCUUGAACCGUGUCGCCCGCAACAAUCUCAGGGUGCGCCUCGGUGACAUCAUCAGUAUCCACGCUUGCCCAGAUGUAAAGUACGGCAGUCGUAUCCAUGUCCUUCCAAUUGAUGACACCAUCGAAGGUUUAACAGGGAACCUGUUCGAUGUCUUCCUGAAGCCCUACUUCUUGGAAGCCUACCGGCCCGUUCAUAAAGGCGACAUCUUCCUGGUGCGGGGGGGCAUGCGGGCGGUGGAGUUCAAGGUGGUGGAGACUGAUCCCUCCCCACACUGCAUCGUCGCCCCGGAUACCAUCAUCCACUGCGACGGGCCACCAAUCAAAAGAGAGGAUGAGGAGGAGAGUCUUAAUGACAUUGGCUAUGAUGACAUUGGAGGUUGCCGUAAACAGUUGGCUCAGAUCAAAGAGAUGGUGGAGCUUCCUCUCAGACACCCAGCACUAUUCAAGGCCAUUGGAGUCAAGCCCCCCAGAGGAAUUCUGUUGUAUGGUCCCCCAGGUACAGGGAAGACUCUGGUAGCCAGGGCAGUUGCCAAUGAAACAGGGGCUUUCUUCUUCCUCAUAAACGGUCCUGAGAUCAUGAGCAAGAUGGCCGGCGAGUCGGAAAGCAACCUGAGGAAGGCUUUUGAGGAGGCGGAGAAGAACUCUCCGGCCAUUAUCUUCAUAGAUGAGCUGGACGCUAUUGCACCUAAACGAGAGAAGACCCAUGGUGAGGUGGAGAGGCGUAUCGUGUCCCAACUACUGACUCUGAUGGACGGCCUGAAACAGAGGACUCACGUUAUCGUCAUGGGAGCCACCAACAGACCCAACAGCAUCGACCCCGCCCUGAGACGCUUCGGGAGGUUUGACAGAGAAGUGGACAUUGGCAUCCCUGACACCACAGGCAGACUGGAGAUCCUUCAGAUCCACACCAAGAACAUGAAACUAUCUGACGACGUGGAUCUGGAGAAGGUUUCCAUGGAUGCGCACGGCCACGUGGGUGCGGACCUGGCAGCGCUGUGCUCCGAGGCGGCCCUGCAGGCCAUCAGGAAGAAGAUGACUCUGAUCGACAUGGAGGACGAGACCAUCGACGCUGAACUGCUCGACUCGCUGGCGGUCACCAACGACGACUUCAAGUGGGCGCUGGGCCAGAGUAACCCGUCUGCUCUGAGGGAGACCACGGUUGAGGUUCCUAACGUCAACUGGGAGGACAUCGGAGGUCUGGGGGAAGUCAAGAGAGAACUGCAGGAACUAGUCCAGUAUCCAGUGGAAUACCCCGAUAAGUUCCUGAAGUUUGGUAUGACCCCCUCCAGAGGAGUGCUGUUCUACGGACCCCCAGGCUGUGGGAAAACCCUUCUAGCCAAGGCCAUUGCUAAUGAGUGCCAGGCCAACUUCAUCUCUAUAAAGGGCCCUGAGCUCCUCACCAUGUGGUUUGGAGAGUCUGAGGCCAACGUGCGGGACGUCUUUGACAAGGCCAGGCAGGCGGCGCCCUGCAUCUUGUUCUUCGACGAGCUGGACUCCAUCGCCAAGUCCAGAGGGGGCGGAGCCGGGGACGCAGGGGGCGCGGCCGACAGGGUGAUCAAUCAGAUCCUCACGGAGAUGGACGGGAUGUCCAACAAGAAGAACGUUUUCAUCAUAGGGGCCACCAACCGACCUGAUAUUAUAGACUCGGCUAUCCUGCGUCCGGGCCGGCUGGACCAGCUGAUCUACAUCCCUCUACCAGACACGGCCUCUCGUACGGCCAUCCUCAAGGCUAACCUCCGCAAGUCCCCCGUCGCCAAGGACGUAGACCUGGACUACCUGUCCAGUAUCACCCAGGGGUUCAGUGGGGCUGACCUGACCGAGAUCUGUCAGAGAGCCUGUAAGCUGGCCAUCCGAGAGGCCAUAGAGGCCGAGAUUAAGGCGGAACGCCGGAGGCAGACCCGGCGAGGCACGGCAAUGGAUGACGAUUCAGACCCUGUUCCUGAGAUCCGGAAGGAUCACUUUGAGGAGGCCAUGAGGUUCGCUCGGCGCUCCGUCAGUGACAACGAUAUCAGGAAGUACGAGAUGUUUGCCCAGACGCUGCAACAAAGCAGAGGCUUCGGGAACUUCAGAUUCCCAUCUGCCUCUCAGCCUGGGGGUCAAGGGUCAGGGUCAGGUUCAGGAGGGCAGUUUAGAAACGAGGGAGAUGAUGACCUCUACCAGUGAGGAGCAUGGACGACGUGCUGGAUGUUCAUUUGAGCAAAUAUCAAAAUAAAAAUCCUGCAGCGAACACAAGAUGCACAUUUUUAUGCAGUUUUCAAUUCUUAGAUGUUUUUUGUUUAUAUUUUUUUCGUCAAGGCAAAACAAGUGUGACCAUAGAAAUUGAUAACUUUUGAAGCAUUUUUCAACUUUGUCUGCACUAGAAGUAUGUUAUUUCUUUCUGGAAAAAUCUGUAAACAGGAUCAAAUUAAGAUAUGGCAUAUGUAGUUACCUGGUGACUAGGCAACCUCUCAACCACCUCCUCUCCUUUACCACACCUGCCUCCCUGUUCUAGAACACCUCUCCUUAACCACACCUGCCUCCCUGUUCUAGAACACCUCCUCUCCUUUACACCUGCCUCCCUGUUCUAGAACACCUCCUCUCCUUAACCACACCUGCCUCCCUGUUCUAGAACACCUCCUCUCCUUAACCACACCUGCCUCCCUGUUCUAGAACACCUCCUCUCCUUUACCACACCUGCCUCCCUGUUCUAGAACACCUCCUCUCCUUUACCACACCUGCCUCCCUGUUCUAGAACACCUCCUCUCCUUUACUACACCUGCCUCCCUGUUCUAGAACACCUCCUCUCCUUUACCACACCUGCCUCUCUGUUCUAGAACACCUCCUUUCCUUAACCACACCUGCCUCUCUGUUCUAGAACACCUCCUCUCCUUAACCACACCUUCCUCCCUGUUCUAGAACACCUCCUCUCCUUUACCACUCCUGCCUCCCUGUUCUAGAACACCUCCUCUCCUUUACCACAAAUGCUUCCUGUUCUUGACAGCGGUUCCCAACUUCUUUCAGUUUCUAUACCAGCAACUGAAUAAUACGUUACUCAGACUGUCCCUAAAACAUCCCCUCAUGUGGAUGUCACCAGUAUGCCUGUGGUCACAUGUCUCCUCAAGUACCCCCUCUAGUGAGGGCAAAUGCCCCCAGAGGUUUUAGUGCCUCAUGAUGGGGAACACAGUUCUAGAACACUGUACCUCUAUGUUCAAUAAUACCAGGUUAAGGUUAGUGGGGUUCUAAUGUCCCAUCAGCUCUUGGCACCACUAUUCAUCAAGGGACCAGCUCCGUGUUCGGUAUGACUGGGAUUGAAUGGUAGUAUCACAGAGGUAUCUUCAUCAAAGUGAGGUAAAAAACACACCCGACUGUGAUAAAGUUCAGCUAGCUCCUCCACACAAUCCUGGCUUAACUGCUUUACUGUCAUUUUGUUCAUUUGACAAUUUUAAAAAGGAUAUCCACGGACAGUUUUUAUUAGUUGAUUUCCUGAACUCCUGGCAGUAUUUGAAAUGCUAGUCCUAUGGAAUCAAGCAAUGUUUUAUUGUCAAAUGCUUCCGCGAGGAUUCUUACGUUGGUCUUAACCUUGUGUUUGUGAACAUAGAAAUGCCUGUAUUCUAGAACACUGUUACCACCCUCCCCUGACCAUUGAUGCCUGGGACGCAUCUAACAUUACCUGUUAGAUACAGUACAUAUGGAUAUGCACAUUGCGGGCUUUUAAACAGCAGAUUUUCCGUUUACAGUAAACUAGGCUACAGGUGAACAUUUACUGUAUUUUUUUAUUUUAUUUUAAUCUAUGCUGUUGGAAUGUAAUCUAUGUAGUUAAAAAGUGAUAAUUAUAUGCGUAUUGCUGAGGAAAUUAAAAGAAAUUGAAGUUGAAUGACUGA